CUUCUCCCGUCUCUCCUUCGUCCGCCACAAGUUGGUGUCGUCGCAACCAAGAAACACCCUUUUUCGUUGUCUUGAGGUGCUUCGGCAAAAAAUCGCAACGUCUCAGUCCUUUUUGGACUCGAUUCUUUUCCCCCUUGUAAAACCUCGUUCUUACUCCUUCUUACCGUCAUUUAUUUUGGACCCCGCAACGGCCAAUCGACCACAUUUCGUUCCCUUUCUUUGCCACCCGUGUUUCCCAAAAAAGUGUCAAAGGCCACGGUUGCGCUUUCACUCGUCCUGCCAGCAUCGCCCUUCGCCUCCCGUCCUUCCUUCAACCAACCCAACCGCGCAGGAAACAACCGAACUUUCGGUCAUCUGGGUGCCUAGCGCCUCUUUACCUGUCAUUGCGCCGGUCUUAGCUGUGUUGAAGACACUGUCGCCUUGACUCGCAGGGACGCUCGCUCCACCCCGCCCUCGACCUUAUCGCGUCCUCUCUGGACAAAGAAACUUCUCCUUUCUCACAACACCCGACUUGUCGCAUAAAGUCUCCCAACAUAUACGUCUACUCUUUGAAUAUCACUGCUCGCGCUCGAUACUUUUGCCUCCUGCGACGACUAGACGCUGCGCCGCAAGUUCCAACCCCAACAACCCUUCAUAGCAACCCAAGCCCAAAUGAGCGUCCGAACACGCCGAAACAAAUCCGUGAAGCGAAAAGCUUUGGCCGAUCUAGCUGUAGACACAGGCAGCACAAACGGCCACGCCAACGGCGUGAUGAACCAGAACAGCGUUGAAUAUCGGCGGAAGGCGACAGCUCCUGGCUCCGACACCGUCACCGCGAACCUCAUGUCGCGCGAAUCUUUCACCCUUGACGAUCCCGUGCCCAAGACCCCUAUCGCCAACAACCAUGGCUUCUUCGAGUUACCGGUGCAAGACCAGAGGAACUUCCUCCUGUUGGUGCUCCUAUACUUCCUGCAAGGCGUGCCCAUGGGUUUGGCGGGCGGCUCUGUCCCCUUCCUCAUGAAGGACCACAUGUCGUACAGCGAGAUUGGAAUCUUCAGCUUGGCUUCAUAUCCCUACUCCUUGAAGCUUCUCUGGAGUCCGAUUGUGGAUGCUGUCUGGAGCCCCAAGGUCGGCCGCAGAAAGAGCUGGAUUCUUCCUAUCCAGCUGCUUUCCGGAUUUGGUAUGCUAUGGCUUGGAUCGACCGUGGAGAACAUGAUGGCCAACACCGGCAAGCCCGGCGGUCCUACCGUAUGGAACUUCACCGGCUGGUGGUUCUUCUUGGUGUUCAUGUGCGCCACCCAGGAUAUUGCUGUAGACGGCUGGGCCUUGACCCUCCUGACUCCCGGAAACGUUUCCUACGCGUCCACCGCGCAGACGGUCGGUCUUACUGCUGGUCACUUCUUGUCUUACACUGUUUUCUUGGCAUUCAACUCCAAGGAUUUCGCGAACCGCUACUUCCGCAGCUCCCCGUUGGACCAAGGUCUGAUGUCCCUCGGCGGGUAUCUCACUUUCUGGGGCUGGGCCUACAUUGCCAUCACCAUCGGACUGUCUCUCUUCAAGCGUGAGGAGAAGACCAAGAACGAGGAUGGCAUCUGGGACGUGUACAAGAUCAUGUGGGGUGUGCUCAAGUUGAAGAACAUUCAGACCAUCAUCAUUGUCCACCUCAUUGCCAAGAUCGGCUUCCAGGCCAACGACGCCGUCACGAACCUCAAGCUUAUCGAUAAGGGUUUCGGUCAGGAGAACAUGGCUUUGACGGUUCUCAUUGACUUCCCCUUCGAAAUCGCGCUCGGCUACUAUGCCGGCAAGUGGUCACAAGAGUACACCCCAAUGCGCUUGUGGUGUUGGGGUUUCAUGGGCCGUCUUGUCGCUGCCCUCAUUGCCCAGUUCACGGUCACCAUCUUUCCGGCAGGCGGCGUAACUUCUUGGUACAUGCUGGUGGUAAUUGGCGAGCACGUCUUCUCGACCUUCACCAACACUAUCAUGUUCGUCGCCGUCUCGGCUUUCCACGCUAGAAUCGCAGACCCCGUCAUCGGCGGCACCUACAUGACUCUGUUGGCCACCGUUUGCAACCUCGGUGGCACGUUCCCGCGCUUUUUCGUUCUGCGUCUCGUCGACUACUUCACCGUCGCAACCUGCCACCCCGGCAACCCCGCGGACCUGGGCGCUCUUAAGGGCUCAAUUGUCACUGAGCCUUUCUCAUGCUCCUUGCAGCCCGACAAGGAGAGGUGCGUUGCCGGCGGCGGCGCGUGCGAGAUGGUGCGCGACGGAUACUACUUUGUCAACAUCAUCUGCGUCAUCUUCGGCGUCGUCACAUUCAUGCUGUACAUUCGACCCAGAGUUUUGCAUCUGCAGUCGCUGCCCAUGCGAGCAUGGCGUUUAUCACCGUCCAAGUAAAGUGCGUGCAGACUGUGCAUUAGAAAAAAAGGAUGUUCAUACAUUGUAAUUAUUUUUCAUCACGUAGCGAAUGGUUUGGAGACGUUCAGAGACACAAAAAGGUGUAUU